AUGAGCUCGAUGGCUGAGGGCAGUGAGGGCUGGGCACGAGAGGAUGAGCUUGAUCUGGGCCAGGAUGAGCACGACCUCCAAAACCCCGGUCAUGAUGGCUCCCUCGAUUAUGAUUAUCCGGGGCCUUCCCCACAGAAGCCGGAGCUGGUGGAAGCGGAGGCGGAGGAGUUGGACACUAUAGACAAUGCGCAGGACGAGGCAUCUGAGAAGACAUUGGAAGCAAAUGGCCCUCAACUACCGCAAACUCCGCCGCUCAGGCAAGCGCCAGUGAAUGCGACCCCGGGAAGUGUAGAUGAGACAGCUUCAACCCCCGAUGAUACCCCGUCUAUACAUGGUUCUAUUCUGUCUUCCCGGAGCAGCAGUGCAUUGGCUCUUCGGAGUUCACCACGAGUCAGCCCCAGCCCAGCCCACCGUCCAUUUGACCUUCGUUUCCAGUCCCGGUUAUCCUCGUCUCCACUUAGCGCAUCGCGGUCCGGCUCUCCAUUUCUAGCACAUCUACACUCCCGACAGUCAUCAAUUACGAGCCAAGUUUCACCAACCCCGGAAUCAGACAAUGAAGUACCACCGAGCCCGUGGGAUGUCGUGCGAUGGACCAAGUUGCGGAAAAUCACUGGGCAGGCUUUCUCGGAGAUUGGGAAGCGCAACUUUGGGAGGCCGACCUGUCUAGCGGUUUCAACAUCAAUUGUGAUUGGUACAUCCAAAGGAAUUAUCUUGGUCUUCGAUUAUCAGCAGAGCUUGAAGACGAUUAUUGGAACUGGUACAAAGGCUGUUGAGUGCGGACCCGUCACCUCUCUGGCCUUAUCGGCUGAUCAUUCGACUGUGGCUGGUGGCCAUGAAUCCGGCGAUAUCUUCACCUGGGAAAUCGCACGGUCCGCGCGACCUUUCCUCCACAUGCCUCCAAUCUCAGUAAAUCAAGUCGAGACCCGAUCAUCCGAUGGUCAUAUUGCAGGCUCGGCAGUGAUACAUGUGGGCUUUCUGGGAACACGGCGCACGGCGAUCGUGUCUGCAGAUACGAGAGGAAUGGCCUUUUCGCAUUUGGCAACGCGAGGUACAGGCUCCCUUGGACGGACGGUCAAAUCCACUCGAAUCUUGGGUCGAUAUCCACAAACUGCACCGGAGGAGAUGCGUAAACGAAAGCCCAGCUCUGUACUAGCGUUUUCUCCUCUUCCGCUUGGGAACGUGGAGCAACCGUCUGAUUCAUUGGGCCUUGUUGCCAUGUUGACUCCGUAUCUCUUGGUUAUCGUGUCGACUACCCCCGUCGCUCGAACGCAGCAUAAAGCGCCGCGCCCUAAAGAAGUUCCUGCACAUAGUGCUAUGACUGGCGCUCUGGCUUGGUUCCCGGCGAUCCGACUGAAGGGCAAAGACAGUCAAACUUCCAACACGAAGCUUGUCUAUUGCUGGUCGAACGUCUUGACCGUGCUGGAAGUGACUGAAGCAGAGACGGAUGAAUCUGUGGACAGAGACCGACCGCCAAGUCUUGUUUUCCGAGCCCGCAGCAGAUGGAAGGCGGAUGAGGCCAUCGUUGCCGUCCAGUGGCUCAGCCGCUCUGUGCUAGCAGUGCUUACAAUCACCCAGCGCCUUCUUAUUGUGGAAGACUAUACUAUGCAUGUGACAGACUCCAUCGACCUCGCAAACCGACAUAUUUAUCACACCGACCUCUUUUCCUCACAACUCCACAACUUGGUUGAGCAACUCGAUGAAGAAGACACAUCCAUGCACGGCGUGGUUGCGGAUGCCUUCUACAUGAGCUUUCGGUCCUAUAAAGGGCGUUUGUUCCUACUUGGUUAUAAUGAAGCCCAAGUCGGCAACCUUUCAAACUGGGCCGAUCGCCUUUUGGCUCUAAUGGAGGCAGGUGAUUUCAUCAGCGCUAUACGUUUGGCGACUUCAUACUACACAGGAAGCGCAGAGAGGCUUACUGUCGGCCUUCCCGAAGAGGACGGCUUGAGGCAGCCGAUUGUUCAAGAGAAGCUGCUUGAGAUGAUCUCGGCAUCCUUGAAAUAUGCCUUCGGUAGCAAUGCUGAAGCAAGCAAUGAGCAGCUGGAGAAUCAGCAGCUCGAGGAGCUUGCUGAGGUAUCUGUGGCUGCUUGCCUCCAUAUGCUGGAUGAGGAGUUUCUGUGGGAGGAAGUGUUCACUUGGUACGAGGAGCACGACUCCGCAGGGGUCUUCUUGGACGUCUUGGAGCCACGUAUCGUCGACGGAACCAUCCGGUCUCUCCCUCCAACUGCAGUCAAAGCUCUCAUCAACCAUUUUAUCGUUACCCAUUCCGCUGGCCGACUAGAGGAGAUCAUCUGCCUUCUCGAUACAACAACAAUGGACAUUGACCAAGUCACCACCCUUUGCAAGCAGCACAACCUAUACGAUGCAUACAUUUAUGUCUGGAAUCGCUGUUUGAUGGACUACGUGGGGCCUUUGGAGGAACUUUUACGUCUGAUCCCCUCUCAAACGGAGGAGCCAUUGGUCAACGGAGACUAUGCUAUUGAACUGAAAGGUCACGCGAACGCGAUGAAAAUGUUUCCCUACCUGUCAUUCGUCUUUACUGGCCGCAUCUACCCUACGGGCGAUGAAAUGGAUGAAGCCGAAGCGUUACGAGCUAAAACCUCAUUAUAUCAAUACCUCUUCUCGGGCCACCUGUCUGGCACAGGGUCUACAAAUUCCUCUAAUGAGGCUGGAUCAUUUGUCCAGCUGCAGGCUAUGCUCAAGUUCGAUGCAUCGAGCUUCAUGAGCAUGCUCAACGAGGCGUUUGAGGACAGUUUUUUGAAUGAAUCCGAGUCUGAAGAGGCUCCCGCGUCCGGGGUGUCGAUCAAUCGGCAGUACCUGAUUAGCAUCCUGCUUCAAGUUAUGGACGCCUCGGUCUUCGCCAGUUCCGAUACCAUUUACCUGGACAUGUUUGUUGCACGCAAUCUUCCUAAAUACCCACAGUAUAUUCUUCUUUCGGGCACCACUCUGCAUCAGGUGCUUGUACGGCUGUGCCAGUAUCCGGAACAGGAUAUGGCCGAGGACUGCGAGUUGAGCGCGGAAUACCUGCUCUCUUUCUAUCAUCCACCGGACGUUCAGAGCAUGGUGCCACUCUUCAAGGAGGCGAGAUUCUUCCGUAUCCUGAAGUCAACAUAUCGCUCGGAGAAACAGUAUCCCCAGUGGAUCCUGACCUAUCUGGAUGAUCCGCAUGACAAAGCGGCUAUCUUUACAGCUCUACAUGACUGUCUUCGCUCCGGCUCGGGGCUUGGUAAGAAGCAGAGGCGGGACGUGAUUGAUGUAGUCAAGCAACAUGCUAAGGAGAUUGCCGCCAUAGAUGUGAAGCGAGCUGCACAGGCAAUGCAGGAUCUGGCGCCCGAGACUCACUCCUCAUUCCUACAUGUAUUGGAAGAUGAUCCAUUCAACCAAUACCAGUAUCUUCAAGUCUUGGUUGAACCCCAAGGACAAAUCGGCGAGAACCGACCCGCUUCUUCGGUUGAGAAUUGGAUGAUUGAACGAUAUGUGCAGCUUCUGUGCAAGUACAACCCAUCCCAUGUCGCCGACUUUGUCGAUGGCCUGCGGGUAGGAGACAUUCAUCUGGAAGAGCUUCUUCCAUCCAUUGAGGAGAGCGGGGCCAUAGAUGCCGCCGUUAUCCUGCUCGCUCGACAGGGCCAAGUGCGGGCUGCCUUGGAUCGCCUUGUAGCACACCUGUCCACGCUGGAGUCGGGCCUAGUCGGUAUUCUUCAGAGUGUGGGUGAGGCUCCGGAUACUGCCAACACGGCUGAGGCGAUCGAUGACCUUCUUGAAUCUCUGAACAAGUACGCUGGAGUUGGAACAUGGCUCUGUCGGGGCCAGACCAAGACAGCGAAGCAAUCAAGGGCGGCCACCAAUGGCCAAAAGGGGGUCCCACCGCUUGAACAGCCCCUAGCCUUUGAUGAGACACUCUGGCUGGAUCUCAUCGAGGCCGUGGUUCGCAUCGCAAGCAAUGUCUUUGCCCUGAUGCGGAAUCAUCAGAUCAAGGAUCUUGAAUCAACAUCGCCCACCGUCUCCCUGAGUGAAGACACUGGUCGCUUGACAGUCUCCUUCCGCGCGCUCGUCCAGCAGGUUUUCACCUCGCUGCUCGCUAGCACCGUGAAAGGCGGCAGUCAAUCAACCGGCGAACGCACCGACCUUUCCUUCCUCCGCAUCCUGCGCGCCUUCCUCACCCGCGCUGCCAGCUGGUCCCCGUCCCUGCUCGAGCUGCGCGCCGUUCUCGCUUCGGUCUUCUCCGCCUAUUCCUAUGAAAAGUCCCUCCUGACGCUGGCCAACGGAAUGCUGGACCGCGACCUGUUCGUACAUGUGGACGAGGUCACCCGGCUGCGGCAGCACGGGUGGCGCCCGCGCGGGCAGGUUUGCGAGAUCUGCCGGCGGCGCCUCUGGGGUCCCGGUGUGGGCUCCUCGCAGUGGGCCUCGUGGGAGCAAAGGCAGACUAGCGAGCACCAGCGUCGUAUUGCUAAGCGGCUUGAAGAGGGUCACGAUCCUGCGUCCGAGAGGGGCAAAGGAAAAGCUGCUGCUACGCCUCACUCGGUCGGCCACGGACAUGAUUCCCUGGUGGGACCGGGGACUGGGGUGGAUGGGGAAGGGCAUCCCACUGAACCGGUGGUGGUGUUUUCCUGCCGACAUCUCUAUCACCGACAAUGUGUUCUAGAUGCCAUUAGUGGGCUUCAUCGACCCACAGGUGCACACGGCUCGGCUUUUCGACGCGAGCAUCCAGACUGGCCGGUAGCUGAAUUGUUCUGUCCGGCUUGUAUAUAG